UUUACGCAAGACUUUCGCGGGGUUGAUGGUGUAGAUUAAUGGUACUAGGCGGUAGCUCAAAAGCGAUGAGUACAAACAAUUGACCCGUUGGAAGUACAGCUAGUCCAUAUAGAUAACUAGCAAGGUAGUUUCUCUGUGUCUGUUUCGCAAGGAACAGCCAUUUAACAAAAUCUGACUUAGUGUUAUCGUUUAGCCGGCUUGGUUGAGUGUUGGAGGGAGUUUCACUCCUCUCUUCAUUGCUGACCACAAGUUGAGCCUUGGAAGAGCUAAGGCAUCGAAGCCGAGGUAGACGGAAAUAGUCCGAAAAUGCCUCCAAUCGAAAAUGACGUCGGGAAAAAUCAACUAAAAUCUCGUAUACAGGAACUUAUUGAUUCAAAUCAAGUGGUGGUAUUCAGUAAAAGCUAUUGUCCGUUUUGUGUGAAGGUGAAAGAUCUGUUCAAGGAGCUGAAUAUACAGUGCAAUGUGGUGGAGUUGGAUCUAGUGGAGAAUGGAUCCAACUAUCAAGAACUGCUGCUUGAGAUGACUGGGCAGAAAACGGUCCCCAAUGUUUUCAUCAACAAGACACAUUUAGGCGGCUGUGAUAAAACGUUGCAGGCCCACAAAGACGGUGUCCUGCAGCAGCUGCUGUGUGGGGAGAAUGAGGUCUACGACUACGACCUCAUCGUGAUUGGGGGCGGAUCAGGGGGCCUGUCCUGCUCAAAGGAGGCAGCGAUGCUUGGCAAGAAGGUCAUGGUGUUGGACUAUGUGGUUCCCACACCAAAAGGCAACACCUGGGGCCUGGGCGGUACCUGUGUCAACGUGGGCUGCAUCCCCAAGAAGCUCAUGCACCAGACGGCUCUGCUCAGGACGUCCAUGCAGGACGCCCGCAAGUUUGGCUGGGAGUUGCCUGAAGAGACAGCCAAGCACAACUGGGAGACGAUGAAGACUGCCGUGAACAACUACAUUGGCUCGUUGAAUUGGGGGUAUCGUGUGGCGCUGCGAGACAAGAACGUCAACUAUGUCAACUCCUACGCAGAGUUCGUUGAGCCGCACAAAAUCAAGGCGACCAACAAGCGUGGGAAGGAGACCUUCCACACAGCAGCCACAUUUGUCUUGGCGACGGGAGAGAGGCCGCGUUACCUGGGCGUCCCUGGAGACAAGGAGUACUGCAUCACCAGCGACGACCUCUUCUCUCUGCCCUACUGCCCGGGCAAGACCCUGGUGAUCGGAGCAUCCUACGUGGCCCUGGAGUGUGGGGGCUUCCUGGCGGGCCUGGGUCUAGACGUGACGGUCAUGGUGCGGUCCAUCCUGCUGCGGGGCUUCGACCAGGACAUGGCCAACCGGGCCGGCGAGCACAUGGAGGAGCACGGUGUCAAGUUCCUCCGGAAGUACGUCCCUGUCAAGGUGGAGGAGCUGGAGGCGGGGGCUCCUGGGAGGCUGAAGGUCACCGCCAGGAGCACGGAGAGCGAGGAGACAAUUGAAGGGGAGUACAACACUGUGUUGAUAGCAGUGGGGCGGGACGCCUGUACCGGCAAAAUUGGCCUGGAUCAAGCCGGGGUCAAAGUCAACCCAAAGAAUGGUAAAAUCCCGGUGAACGACGAGGAGCAGACCAACGUGCCCCACAUCUACGCCAUCGGCGACAUCCUGGAGGGCAAGUGGGAGCUGACGCCGGUGGCCAUCCAGGCGGGCAAGCUGCUGGCACGGAGGCUGUACGCGGGGGCCUCACUCAAGUGUGACUACGUGAAUGUCCCCACCACUGUGUUCACCCCGCUGGAGUACGGCGCCUGUGGGCUGUCUGAGGAGAAGGCUAUCGAGCUGUACGGCCAGGAGAACCUGGAGGUGUACCACAGUCUGUUCUGGCCUCUGGAGUUCACCGUUCCCAACAGAGACAACAACAAGUGUUACGCCAAGAUCAUCUGCAAUAAGCUGGACAGUGACCGUGUAAUCGGGUUCCACUACCUGGGGCCCAAUGCCGGCGAGGUGACGCAGGGCUACGGUGCCGCCAUGAAGUGCGGUCUGACCAAAGAGCAGCUGGACAACACCAUUGGAAUCCACCCAACGUGUGCCGAGAUCUUCACCACCAUGGAGGUGACCAAGAGCUCCGGCGGUGACAUCACCCAGUCAGGCUGCUGAGGUUAAACCCUGCUCGUUUAGCGGGCUGUCCUCCAUCUUGGGUCUCCCCCCUCGCUCUUGCUUCGUAGCUUCGCCCCUACGUGGGCCGCCCUCUCAACAGUCCACAACCAUGACCAGUAGCUUCUCAGGAAAAUCCAGUAAGGUGAUCUGAAACUGUGGUGGACCCUGAACGGAUGAGACCACUCCUUUGGGUGGGCGGGCCUGGCCAGGAGGUUGUGGGCCGAUAGGCUGCCUGUCCCCCCCCCCCCAAAUUACAAAAAAUUAAAUGGAUGCACUGAGGGCGGCUUGUAGUGCGGAAGCAAGAUGUUGAGGUGGGAUGCUGUGGAAAGGACAGCCCGCUAGACAGCGGGGUUACUCUGCUGCUUCGUAAGGCGCCCCCUUGUGUGUCCUGACCAGAGGUGCGCCCACUGUCCUCAAGGACGGAUGUGUGCUGUUUGAAGUCCUGUCCCUUAACCCAGUCUCUGUGGUGGGCUAGGACCGAUGUCCCUCUGUGUUGGGAGACACUGGGAGGUGAACCAAACCCUUUCGUCCAACUCCCCAACUUUUAGACACAUUUUCUUAUUCGCCUAUGACUCUGUAGUCAGGCAGUGGUGUGAACUACGGACACACAGCCAGUGUUAGACUGAAUGGAUAUCGUGUUCCUCUGAACUCUCUGAUUUGGUUUGUCGGAGCUCCUUGUCAUAUUUGCUUGAUAGAAGAUAAAUAUGUUCUAAUGUUGUGUUUUCUUUUUGUGAUGAGCCUCAAGCCAUCAGCGGUCUGGGCAUAAUCUCCUGUCAGACGUGUAUAUGAUCUGAUAGCGUACACAAGAAAAAGUCCCAAGUUAAUGGCUGUUUGUUUUAUCUGCAUUCCUUGUGUACACCUUGACAUUUCUCUGGGUCGGAGUCGUCGGUCUCAGAUUGUAAAUGACUUCCAUGUCCGACUUCUAACAGUGUUAACCAAAGGAAAUGCACGCAGGAGUCCACGAAAACGAGCUUCUGACAACCACUCUCAUUUGACCUGUCAUUCAGCCACGAGGUCCCUUAAAACACUUCCCACUUGAACUCUUCGUAUUCCAGUACAUGUACAAUAUGGGUUGUAAUGAAUGUUACGGUUUAAAAACUAAAAUCAAAUGUUCCAGUGAGAAGUCUUAUGAGUACUUCGUCGUAUUGGUUUGGCCUUUCUGUUUUUGUUUGUUCCGUUUUGUGUAUGUAAGAUGUAUCUAAUCUGGGAGAGGUCGGUGUUUAACAGUAAAUUCCUCUCUGACUGCUGUUGUUGACCAUGGAGAUGGUUGAAGUGUAUGAAUGGCUGACUUCACUGGCAUCACUGUUUUUUUGUAGAUUCACACUCGCAAUACUUUAAUAAAAGUAAACUGAACAUGCAA